CAUCGCUACUCUUUGAAUCAUAUCUCUAAACUUAUCUGUUUCAUCAAUACACGAGCUUUUUCCUUCGCGGGACAUUAGAAAAAAAUGCUUACUCAGAUUCUUCUCUUAACCGGGGCCAGCCUUGCCUUGGCCCAGUCCGCCACCACGGCGGCCCUUCCAGCAGGAAGCCCCAUCACCAUCGUCGGAGGUUCGUACAAUGGCCAGCAGAUAGCCGGAAAGCACGUCGGUGCGGCUCAGAACUACCAAGUCGCACUGUCACAGCGUACCGGCAGCAGCGUCGUCUCCGGAGGCGACCAAUUCUAUUUCAACUCAACGUCCAACUUGUUCAUGGACACGACGGUCGUGUCGGGGCAAGGACUACCUUGCUACGUCAUCAAACAAUCCGAAAUCUCAGGCAAUGCCGGUCCUCUCGAAUGUGGUGCGGCCACUGAUGCCUCCUACCCCAUGGCCGGCUCGCUGGGCAACGACGGUACCGUCCAGAUCACCGGCGUCCAAAGCUGGUGGGUAUGCUCGGUCAACGCCACUCAGCCAUACGGCGUCAUCCCUGCCACCGUCGUGGGCGGCUUCUCAUCUGCCGUACCAAGCGGACCUGGCAUCACCAACUGCGAGGCCAUCACUGGCCUGAAACUGGGCGGCGGCGGCAGCAGCUCAACCACGUCUUCUCCAGUCCCACCACCAACAUCGUCGGUCACCUCGACGCCCGCACCUCCUCCUUCCACCACCAACUCAGGCAAUAACUGGGGCACUUCAACCACAAUGACUUCCGCCGCGCCGGUGACUACCACUAUGUCCAUGCCACCCUCAUCUUCCUGGGGCUCGCAAACUCAACCCGCACCGUCUACGUAUACUGGAGGUGCCGCACCCGCAUGGAAGGACAUCUCGAAGGUGGGCAUGGUGAUUGCUGGUGGUGUGGCUAUGCUUCUUUAAGAGACACAUACGGUGAAAGUGCUUCUAGAGAUCUGACUUUUAUUCUGUCUGAUACAGUAGAUACCUAUUUUUGUCAUACAAAUAUUAAUACUGCAAACUUGAAAAAA